AUGGAGAGAAGCGGCAGAGUGGCUUUGGUCGGCGAUCCAUGGGUUUUCAGUGGUUCUGAUGUCGUCAAAGUUAGAGCUUGCCCUGGAGCUGUGACCUCAUCGACAUGUGAAAACUUCGUCGGUGACCUCACCUAUGGAGCCGGUCACCAUCCCCUUUAUCUCCUCAAUGAACACAUUUUGAUUUCAGUGACCGGAGAUAAGGUUGAAUCGGUGCUAUCAGAUGUCAAAUGUGGUGGUUGAACGGGGGUUGCUGGUGACCGGUGGUUGUUGGAUGUAGGAGUAUGAGUGGAUCCCAUGUCUAUAAAUCAUUUAAUUGAUUUCUUUAUUUGAUACAUAAUAAACAAAUAAGAAAAAAAAAAUUGAAAAAAAAAUACAAAGGGAAAAAUAGUCUUUUUACUUUUUUCAGGGACGAAAAAUGAAACGAAAACAAACUAUAGGGACGGUCCGAG